CCCUGCCGCGAUCGGAAGAUCCGGUGCGACCGACAGCACCCAACAUGUGGCCGGUGCGCUAGAAUGAGGAACACCUGUCGCUACUCGACGCGAUCCAAGUCGACGUUAUCCAACACAGAUCUAUCCCGCUACCUACUGGCAAUGGGCCAGCGUCUCCAGCAAAUUGAAGCCCGAGUAGCACUCAAUCCGAAUGGCAAUGGCAGUGGCAGUGGCAGUGACAGUGGCAAUGGCGCGGUCGUCCGGGAAACGUUUCCAACACCCCCACGCGAGGGACAGAACGACAAUGCAGGCGCGGUAACACAAGCUUUGUCAAUCUCGUUACCGCCAACGACGUUAUCGGCGCAGCCAAACCCAACCAUACCCCCUUCUCGGCUGGACAUGUUCGGCAUGGGUGGGGAAGAAAUGCAGUCGGACCCAGCAGGCAAUGACGGCCCAGAUGGGGCAGAUUUCAGCGCGGACGCUUUCGCUCCCGUCCAACUCGAUCCUAAUACAUCGCCGCUCAUGGCGGAGUCUCAGCUACCGUUCCAAUUCGGCCCCAUAUCGGCGGAAACCUUUUCUUCCACGGCAAACCAGGCCCAGCCGGAGCUGUCCUCUGGACUGCUUCACGGAAUGUAUGACAGACACUUUGAGCUUUUUCACCCAACCCUGCCCAUAAUCAACCGAACGAGAUUCGAAGCCGACUUAGAGGCGGCUGAGACACCACAGCCUUCUUCUCUUGGUGUUCAUGCUUUGUCUUGGGCUAUGGCAACCCUCGGGUCAUCCUCGAUACCUGAACUGCAGGGCCACGUUGACCGAUGCUACGACAAAUGUCGUGUCCUGCUCGAACUAGCAGAGCGACAGGACACGGGCGAAUCCUUGGACCUUCACAGCCUCCAGGCCCUCAUUCUUCUGACUUUGUACGAGUUCAAACAGCCCAAAUUUGCGCGGUCUUGGAUGACGCUCGGCCGAGCCAUACGGCUGGCCAAAAUGAUGGGGCUGGAUCAAGGAGCUUGCUGUCUUUCAGCAGUGCCUGAUCCAUCGCACGUCGGCCCGUCCCUGCCUCCCCCGGCAAACCCAUCCGAAGCCGAGGAGCGGCGCCGGACUUACUGGGCGUUGUUUGUCUUGGAUGCUAUCUCGACCAUGCAGACGAAUGCGAGGACAGCGCUGGAGAGACCGAACAAAAUGCCUCUUCCCUCGCUGCCGGAUUAUCCGGAUGGUCCAACUCAGCCAGGCUUAAAUAUGCCGAACCUGCAGCAAGUCUUUGCCCCAGAGACGGGAGACAAUGUUUCUUUGUCACCCUUCGCCAGUAUCGCCGUUGUGAUGUGGCUGUACCGGCGCUACGUCGAACACAUGACUUCCCAGCAGAUCCAAGAUGCCCUGGAGUCGGCACCCAGUCCCUCUUUCUGGGAAACACACUACUCGAUCGAAAAGGAUAUCGCUCGGUGCAAGAACACGACACUGGCGCGCUACAUUGACGGCGAAAUGUCAGAUGAUCCGCGUUCCCUUAUCCUGCGCAUGAACCUCGCCGCCGUGGAGAUCAGCCUUCAUCAAACGGCGUUGACUAAGGUGGAGGAGAGCAACCUUCCACCAGCACUGGCCAUCGAUGCUAGCACCAAAUGCGCCUCGGCAGCAACAGAUGUCGCGAGGGCGGCGCAGAUAGGGAAGAGCUUAUGGGCCAAGAACCGGGAGAUAUUUCGCAAGCAGGACCGUUUCAUCGUGUGGCCCAUGACUGUAGCUAUCCUUGUAUUAGGACGACUUAUAGAGAAGAAGGACGAUGUUGGGGGUGGGACACAAAGUUUGAGAUUUUCUUUGAGGGUCCUGGGGAGGGCAAUGAGAGACCUCAUCCGCCAUGAGCACGUUCAACCUGGGCUCAUGGACAAAGUCGACGAUUGGCUAGGAGCCAAGUCACGUUCGCCUGAACAGACAGUCGAGGAUGACAAUGAGACAUUAUGA